UAAGUUGUCCAAAACAGUGCCACACUGGCCUGGAUUUGUGUUUUGGUUUUUUAUUUGAGUUGCCGGGCAAAUUUUCCAAGUUGUCCCAGAAGCAAAUGUCAACGUAAAAGGAAGCUGACUAGGUGACCCCAGAGCUGCUCUUCUGCCCUCCCAUUUUGGACCGAGGAGUGUCGGAAUCGGGUGUUCUUCACACAGAAGAUACACCAAAAGAAUCGACUCCACCCAACAGACCAGCAGCUGCGGGAUGACACAAAAAGUGACGAAGCUGGCUUUGUCCAGCCGCAUCAUAGUACUCCUGAUCCAGAUGCUGGCGAAUGGAGCUCUGCCGGAUCAUAAACCGGAUGUUUUUCGAAUGCCGCUUGGCCCGGUUUCGGAGGAGGAGUCAAAGAAGAUGAACAUCGCGUGGCUGGAUAAACUUGUGAUCCGCUGUCUGGGAGGAUUUCAACACUGGGACGGGGAGUACUUUCUACACAUAGCCGGAAAUCUAUACACCUACGAGAACACCCUAGCUUUUUAUCCACUAUUCCCGGUUACAGUACGUUACGUGGCACAGGCGUGCCAAGCUAUUGGCUUAAGACUUUCUGAAAAAUCCAUUGUACUUCUGGUGGCGGUGGUCUUGAACAUCUGGCUGUUUUGCAAGUCUGCCAACCUGCUGUACCAGCUUACUCAGAGGAUGUUCAACGACAUUAACAAGAGCUGGAAUGCAGCUUUGGUUUACUGCUUUAAUCCGGCCACGAUUUUCUUUAGUGCGGCGUACUCGGAGACCAUGUUCGCCUCUGCCAGCUUCUAUUUGAUGCUGGAAUGCAAAAAGCCGGGGAAUAAGAACUUCAGAUUCUUUCGUAUAGGGGCUGCUUUAACCGCCUGCCUGUUGUGCCGCUCGAACGGACUAAUAGCUCUGGGAUUUCCGCUCUAUUUCUAUGCCCGACAUUUGGUGUUAAAAGGAAAGGAGUACUGGCAGCUGACAAAGAUGGUGGUCACCAUUGUGGGUGCCCUCGCGAUACUGCACACUUACUAUUUUUACAUUUAUAGACUUUACUGCAUGCCAUCUGUGACGGUGGAUCAUCCUCAGCACGUCUUGGAUUAUGCCGAAGAGCGUAAAUACCUAGUUUCCGGCCAGGGACCUGAAGGAUCCCCCUGGUGUCAGUAUACUCUGCCAUUUCCGUAUACCUACGUGCAGUCCCACUACUGGGAUGUGGGUUUCCUCCGGUAUUACAAAUUUAAGCAGCUCCCCAAUUUUAUUUUGGCCCUGCCCAUGUUGAGUUUCAUGCACUGGCACUGCUACGAUUACCUGCGAAACUUUAUGCAAAAUGUGUGGCCAACUGCCACUUUGGCCAAUUACAAGGAGUUAAUCAAGGCUCACACAACGUUUCCUUUCGUCCUGCAUGCCGCUCUACUCACUCUUGUCUGCACUGUUUUCGUGCACAUCCAGGUGUCCACUCGGCUCCUGGCAUCGGCUACUCCGGUAUUCUAUUGGUUCGCGGCGGAUCACAUGCCCAAGACGCUGGCCAAACUGAAAUUUCGCUCCGCAGGGGGAGCUCUAUUUGUAUGGUGCACCGCUUACAGCCUAAUAGGAACGGUAUGCUUCUGCAACAAUUAUCCAUGGACGUGAAAUGUACCGGAUAUUUAGACGCUCGUAGCCAAGGAGACUGUAGAUCCGUAUGGAUUGCUUUUUUACUAUGUAAAUAAUCGUUCGUGAAUUAAAAAUUGUUAAGGGGCUCAAAAGUAUAGGGUUUUGUAAAUUUGUGUUUUACAAAAAUG